AUGUCGUCCCCCGUCGUCGUCUGCAUCGGUAACCCCCUCCUCGACAUCCAGGUGUCGCCCCAGGAUGGCCCCAAGUACCUCGAGAAGUAUGGGCUCAAGUCGAACGACGCCAUCCUCGCCGAGGAGAAGCACAUGCCCAUUUACGAGGACAUUGUCGCCAACUCCGAGGUUACUUACGUUGCGGGCGGUGCUGCGCAGAACGCAGCUCGUGCGGCUUCGUACGUCCUCCCUCCCAAGUCGGUUGCCUACAUCGGCUCGGUCGGUGACGACGACCUCAAGGCAACCCUCCAGAAAGUUAACGAGACCGAGGGCGUCGUGAGCGCCUACGAGGUCCAGCCCGCCCCCACCAAGACUGGCGCCUGCGCUGUCAUCCUCUCCAACCACGACCGCUCGCUCGUCACCACCCUCCGUGCCGCCGAGAUGUUCCACAAGGAGCACCUCGCCAAGCCCGAGGUUGCCGCGCUCAUCAACAGCGCCAAGUACUUCUACAUUGGUGGCUUCUUCCUCACCCACGGCAUUGAGUCGGCCCUCGAGAUCGCCAAGGCCGCCUCUAGCCGCGGCAAGACUGUCGUCCUCAACCUCUCGGCUCCCUUCAUUGCCCAGUUCUUCAAGGUCCAGCUUGAGGAGCUCCUCCCCCACGUCGACAUCCUGAUCGGCAACGAGUCCGAGGCCGCCGCGUACGCCGAGUCCGCUGGCCUUGUCGACGCCGCCCCCGCCCAGGUCGCGUCUACCCUCGCCGUCUUCUCCAAGUCGAACGCCUCGCGGCCCCGCAUCGUCAUCAUCACCCAGGGUGCCGACAGCACUCUGGUCGCGUCGAGCUCGCCCUCGUCCUCGGCCGCCAACCUCUCCCCUUCGGACCCCAACCCCAAGGUCUACCCCGUUUCCAAGCUCUCCGACGAGCAGAUCAUCGACACCAACGGUGCCGGUGACAUGUUCGCUGGUGGUCUCCUUGGUGCUCUUGCCCAGGGCAAGACCCUCGACGAGGCCAUCGAGGUCGGCCACAAGCUCGGCCAGAUGUGCUGCGGCCAGAUCGGGCCCAAGCUCCAGUUCCCCAAGGUUAACGUCAUCUAA